AAGGCGAUUCAUGCCAUCAUCCACGGCGCCUCCAUCAAUUGGGCGAAAUUCGUGAUGAUCCACAUGGCGGAUUGCGCCUCCAUCGCCACUGAGCGGAGCUUGCCAUACGCCUUCCUCGUCAUGGACCUCAUCAUCUCCGCCGACAUCUCCAUCGCCGGCCCGGAUACGAAGAUGACAAAGAUUUGGAUAAUUCAAGACAACACCUUCCGGAAAAAGUCCGGAGACCGGGACGGCACAGGCCCAAGUCGUGCACCAGCCCCCACUCCCGCCAAGGCCUCUUUGCAAUCCAUAGCCGAUACUCUGAAUCGGCUAACCCUCACAGUGGAUGGCAUGGGGCAGUCAAUCGAGCGGAUGGACUGGACGCUGCAACGCCAACACCACGACAUGACGGCGUUCUUCCGCGGCAUCAACUACGUCCCGCCGCCCUUUGACAGCACUUUCCUCGGCCAAAACUAUGAAGGCGAGGACGAGGAGGAUAACUCCUAUGCUCCAUCCUCCUCCCCCGACGAGGCCGACUUUGAAGAUGCGGUCGACGGCGAUCCCAUGGACGUCGAGGACGACGAGGAUGACGACGAGGACGCCGAUGCUUAGACUUCUCUUUUCUCUUCUUCCUAUGAUUGUAUUUCUUAUUUUUUCCAUUCCGUUGUAUUCCGCAUUUCCCUUUUUUCAUGAAUAAAAAGCUUACUUUUACAAUUCUAAAGUUUACUUUUAAUUCUUUUUGUUAAUGUCAAAAGGGGGAAGAUAUUAAGGUUAUGCAUAAAUUAAGGGGGAAUUU